UUGAAUUGGAAAACUUAAUGUGCACGUGCAUGUGUGAAGCGUUCUGCUAAGAAGGUAUAGUUGUCUAUUACUGGCAAUUUAUACAAAUAUGUGAAACAGUGGGAAUAAUGAUGGCGAAAGGAGUGUGAUUCCUGAAGUUAGCGAGGUGGUUCAACAACAACUGGUUGAAAAGCUGGUUCUGUCUAGAGAACUAUUGGAAAACACUGGAAUAAAGGUGAAGACAACUAAUGGUAUGGAGGGGGAGUGUGGUGAAGCUCACGUGGAGGUUGAGUAUAGGCAAAGAUUGGGAAAUGAAAGUGGGUUACAGAUGGAAGAAGGGAGCAGACCAAAGGAAGUGGAUUUUGGAGGUUUAACUGCAUCAUAUGUAGCUUCAGCACGGACAGAGACUAUUUCAGAAGUCGGAGGGCUACCUUCUAAUCCAAGGAUCAUUCCAGUUCCUUCCAUCUCAGGUUCUCAGGAGUGUGGUUCAGAAUCAGAGCAAAUUGUUUUGGAGUGCAGAACUCCAUUUCAAGAAGAAAAGGGGUCGAAAGUAUGUAAUGACAUGCAUACUCCUCCAAAUACCAUUGUGGAUGAUCAACUUGUAGCUGAUGGAAAUGGAGGAGCAAUGACAUUAAGUGAAGAUACGUGUGAAGAUAAGUGUAUACCUGUAUUGGAUGUAAUGUGCCCUGUUACAGAGUUAACAGUUGAUUUGUCAUGCCAGCGAGGAUCUGGAGAGAGCACUUAUUGCCCAUCGGGAAGUUCAGAUACCCAACCAGCAAAAGAGAAAAGCACAAUUACAGUCUCACCUCCCUUGUGCAGGACUAGUCUGUCAUUGGAGGACAUGGAGACUCAGGCAGAUUUCCUAAACAGAACUAAACUAAAGGUGAAGACAGCCGAUGGUGUGGAGGGGGAGUGUGGUGAAGGCCACAUGGAGGUUGAGGAGGAAAGGCAGACAUUUGUAAACGAGACUGGGUUACAGAUAGAAGAAGGGAGCAGAACAAAGGAAGCUGAUUUUGGAGGUGUAACUGCAUCAGGUGUAACUCCAGCAUGGGCAGAGACCAUUUCAGAGGUAGGAGGGCUACCUACUGAUCCAAGGAUCAUUCCAGUUCCCUCCAUCUCAAAAUCUCAGGAGUGUGCUUCAGAAUCAGAGCUAAUGGCUUUGGAGAGCAGAAUUCCAUUUCAAGAAGAAAAGGGGUCAAAAUUAUCUUAUGACGUGAAUACUCCUCCAAAUACUAUUGUGGACGAUCAGCUUGUAGCUGAUGGAAAUGGAGGAGCGAUGACAUUAAGUGAAGAUAAGUGUGAAGAUAAGUGUAUACCUGUAUUGGAUGUAAUGUGCCCUGUUACAGAGUUGACUGUCGAUUUGUCAUGCCAGCGAGGAUCUGGAGAGAGGACUUACUGCCCAUCGGGUAGUUCAGAUACCCAACCAGUAAAAGAGGAAAGCACAAUUACAGUCUCACCUCCCUUGUGCAGGACUAGUCUGUCAUUGGAGGGCAUGGAGAGUGAGGCUGAUUACCCAAACACAACUAAACUAAAGGUGAAGACAAUCAAUAGUGUGGCAGUGGAGUGUGGUGAAGGCCACAUGGAGGUUAAGGAGUACAGGCAGAGAUUGGGCAAUGAGACUGGAUUACAGAUGGAAGAAGGGAGCAGAACAAAGGAAGCUGAUUUUGGAGGUUUAACUGCAUCAGAUGUAACUCCAGCACGGACAGAGACUAUUUCAGAAGUGGGAGGGAUACCUUCUGAUCCAAGGAUCAUUCCAGUUCCCUCCAUCUCAGAUUCUCAGGAGUGUGGUUCGGAAUCAGAGAAAAUUGCUUUGGAGAGCAGAACUCCAUUUCAAGAAGAAAAGGGGUCGAAAUUAUGUAAUGAAAUGCAUAAUCCAAAUACUAUUGUGGACGAUCAGCUGGUAGCUGAUGGGAAUGGAGUAGCAAUCACAUUGAGUGAAAAUCAGUGUCUACAUGUACUGAAUAUAAUUUGCCCUGUUACAGAGUUGACUGUUGAUUUGUCAUGCCAGCGAGGAUCUGGAGAGAGCACUUCUUGCCUAUCGGGAUGUUCAGAUACCCAACCAGCAAAAGAGGAAAGCACAAUUACAGUCUCACCUCCCUUGUGUAGGACUGGUCUGUCAUUGGAGGAUACGGAGAGUCAGGCUGAUUAUCCAAAUGCAACUAAACUGAAGCGGAAGACAACUGACGGUGUGCAAGUGCAGUGUGGUGAAGCCCACAUGGAGGUUGAGGAGCAUAGGCAGAGAUUGGAAAAUGAAACUGGGUUACAGGUGGAAGAGGGGAGCAGAAAAAAGGAAGCUGAUUUUGGAGGUUUAACUGCAUCAGAUGUAACUCCAGCACAGACAGAGACUAUUUCAGAAGUUGAAGGGUUACCUUCUGAUCCAAGGAUCAUUCCAGUUCCCUCCAUCUCAGAAUCCCAGGAGUGUGGUUCAGAAUCGGAACAAAUUGCUUUGGAGAGCAGAACUCCAUUUCAAAAAGAAAAAGGGUUGACAUUAUGUAAUGACAUGCAUACUCCUCCAAAUACUAUUGUGGACGAUCAGCUGGUAGCUGAUGAGAAUGGAGUAGCAAUGACAUUUAGAGAAAAUCAGUGUCUACCUGUACUGGAUGUAAUGUGCCCUGUUGCAGAGUUGACUGUUGAUUUGUCAUGCCAGCGAGGAUCUGGAGAGAGGACUUAUUGCCUAUCGGGAAGUUCAGAUACCCAACCAGAAAAAGAGGAAAGCACAGUUACAGUGUCAACUCCCUUGUGCAGGACUAGUCUGUCAUUUGAAGACAUGGAGAGUGAGGAUGAUCUCUCCCACACAACUGCCACAUUGCAACCAUCCCUGGAAGAAACUUUCUCCUCACACACCCAAGGUAAAGACACAGCAGACGAGCGGACGCAAGAUAAAGCCGAAAAGUCAGAGGCAUCGAGACAGACAAAGAUUGAUGUUAGCGGACACAUGCAUACUUCCAUGGGUUUAGCAGAUGCAGAAAAAAAAUGUGAUGCCUUACCCCCAGUCAAUUUUCUGACUUCUGAACUGAAAUGCCUUGAGUCUAAAGUCCGGUCUCUGUCACAGUGUAAGCUUGAUGAAUGUUUAAGAAACUGCCACACUUUUGCCCCAAUAAUACCCAAACAUAAGCACCCUAAAACUGACAUGUGUCCGCCAACAGUGAUGACAGAACAACUUUCUUUUGAACCUGAAAUCAAAAGACGUCGAAAGAAGGGCAGAAGGAACAAUGCAAUGCCAGCAGAAACGGUCAGUUUUCCUCAGGAAUGGGAUGCUGGACCCUCUUAUAACGAACAGAAUAAUCCAUAUUCACUAAGCCGGGGCAAUAAUGCCGCUGAGCAGCGACUUAAAAUAACAUCCAACCAAUCAAAAAGGAAAAGGAAUACCUUAAAGAUGAACAGAGAAAUAGGAGACAAAUCUGUUGAUAUGGGUAGCGUGGAAGCACCCAUUAACCCAGAAGAAUGUAAGACGGCCCUGGAUUCAAGUGUACCUCAAAGCCAGCCAUCUAAAAAAUGUCAAGAACCUAAAAACUGGAUAUCGUCACUGCUGAAAACAGAGGUGCCUGGGGAAGGGCAUCAGGCUGUUGAUUCUAUUAAUGCAAAGCCUGAAGAGAAACCUGGGCAGCCAGAGUACUCAUUAAAGAGUGUAAUGGAGGGCAGAGCAGUUUCAGGGUUGCCUGAUAGCAAUACUUCUGGAAAGCAAACCGCAGAGGAAUCUCGUCUAGCCUUGACCGACAGUGUAUUCCUUGAAACUGCCAUUCCUCGUGCUGUGAAACCAGUUGGGAAUGUCACAGAAUCUACUGUAAAGCAUGCCGUAAAGAUCCCCGGAGUUGAAGAUGAAAAAAAGCUGAUUGAUUCACAUCCCGAUAAUAGCCAUUUAACUGAAAGUUUUGAAGUGGUGAACAAUUCCACGGGGAUUAGCCCAAAAGUACCGAGGAAAGAGAAGAAAAAAAGAAAAAAAGUGAGGAAAAAGAGGGCACAGACUAAAUUAGAGAUGGGUGUGGGAGAAGUCCCUAUUGGCAGAGUUGGUGAUAAAGAGGAAAUUAAUGGUCAGUGCAAAAAUGAGACGGAAAUUGCACAGGACAAGGAGGAAGAUGCCAAAGAUAAAUCUCCUGCUUGUUUCAGAGAAAAUAAAAAUAUUUUGAGUCCUGAGAGUAGUUACCACCAUAAGUCCCAAAUACACAAAACAAAGAAAGGGACCUAUGCUAAACAGCUUACAUUAUUCCCCCCAGAAACCCAUUUAAGAAGGUACAGCAGCACAUGCAGUGACAUCUCAGUCGAUCCUCCCCAUGCUCCAGAGAAGACUCUUUAUCACUCGCCAACAGUAUUGACAGUGUAUAAUGAAGUUGAAGAUGCCAGUUUCAUUAAACAAAAGCCCUGUAGAAAAGGGAGGGCCCGAAAAAACAAAAGAAAAUCCCAAGCAGUUGUUAAAAACCUCGGAAGUCAAGAAACAUCCAUAAUAAUCCAUGAAGAAGAGGGAGGAGCUAAUGGUGACGGCCCAGCUGUUGCAUCAAAUGCAUCAACAUCAAAUGAUUCUGUGUUUCACAAUAUAAAGAAAUGUGGUCAUCCAAGGAAAAAGAUUAUGAUAGAAGAGGCUAAUGACACGCAAAAGAACCUGCAAACAGUCAGUAAAUUUAUCAACGGCUCUUCUGAACAGCAUAGCCAAAAUGUUUCCCAAAUGGUUUUGAUGCUGCCCUCAGAAGUAAAGAAUGAGUCUGGAGGAACAUUUCAAACACCCACUACAAAGAAGAAUCCCAAAAAACAAAAGAUAAUUUCCAGAGUGUCUCCAUUUGAAUUGGUUGAGAGUAAGGAACGUAGUGCAGACAUGAAGAUUCCUGACCCCACAAGUGACCUUCUAACGCCAGAACCAGGUGGAAGUGAAAUAGUCGGCACAUUCACACAAGUAGACAAAGAAGCACAGGGCAAGGCAAAGAAGGAAAUUAAAGCACAAAAAGAGGAGACAAAGGCAAUUACAUUGGUGAAGGAAGAACACAGGGGGACCAAGGAAAGACACAAAGGGCUUAAAAUCAGUGGAUCUGUUGGAAAAUUGAAAAAGAAACUUGGCCGGCCAUACAAGAAGAAAACACUUAUGAAAAUGGUAAAGCAGUUGAAGUUUUCAAAGGGAAAAAGAUCGGAAGAAGGGGGUGCAUCUACUCUUACUGAACUGAGAAAUGACUUGUUGCCUCAGGGCAUUAUUUUACAUGUACCCAAAAGUUGCAAAGUAAAGGAAAUUAACAAGAAAGUAAACCAAGCAUUAAGCCCUCCAGUAACCAGUAACAUUAACUUCAGAAAGUAUAGUCGAGCAUGCAAAUUAACCACAGUUAAAAAAACGGAAGAGUUUGUUGCACAUGACCAUAAUCGACUACCAUUGCUCACAGAUUCAGUGGAUCCACUUCAUGUUCAAAAUGGAGGGAUUUCCUCAUCUCCAGCAGGAUCUUCAGCUCCAGAGGCAUCCAAAGAAAUUGACGCAUUGAGAUUUAUUGACCAGAAGCCCAAAAAACAAAGAAGGCCCCCAAAGAACAAAACAGAAACACAAGCUGUAAACAGUAAAGAUGCAGGUCAAGAGCCAUUGUUGAUUACCCAUGAAGGUGGGGCAAAGGCAAAAUCUGCCAUCCCUAACAAUCUGGCAUCCAUCAAACAAGGGAAACGUGGUUAUCCUAGGAAAAAAGUAUCAAAAGAAGAGAUUACUUAUAUCACAAAAAAUGUUCAAACAAGUGAGAAUGUUCUUAGUAAUCCUGAACAACAACAGAGCCACAAAGUUUCCCAACAAGAGUCAUCCUCAGAAAUCAAUAUGGAUUUAGAGGGACCAUCUGUCUUGUCUGUGAAUGAAACCGUGAAGAAGCCAAAGAAACAAAAAAGCAUUUCCACAGUCGAUCCAAAAGGGUUAAUUGAGAGUACAGAAAAUAAAACCGACAUGAAGAUUUUGGAUACAACUAGUAGCCUUGUCAUUUCACAACAAGCUGAAUGUAAAAUGAUGAACACAUUACGACGCGUAAACAAAAGUGAAUGUUGCAAUCAUAAAAAAAUAAAAGGGGUGAAAGAGGAAGUAAUAGAGCCUACAUCUGUUCUGGGAGAAUAUACAAAAGCAGAGGACAUCAUUGUUGGCCCUGAGGCUCAUGGGACUCUUAUAAAAUCAAAAAGAAAAAUUAGCAGACGAUGUAAGAAAAAGACACAAAAAAGAAAAAUGGCAAAAGUGUUUGCCAUGGAACAAAGAUCAAACUGUGUGGAUGUGUCUGCUGCAAAUGGACUGGAAGAAAGCUUUCCUCUGGACAUUUCUUCCCAACAAGUAAAGAAAUGCAAAAUAAAGAAAGAAAGUAAAAAGGUAAUAUCAGGAUCAUUUACUUCUUUAACCCAUUUGAGAAGAUACAGUCGAUCAUACAACAUCACCUCCACAGAUAAAAUGAAGCGCCAUUGUGCACAGAACCCUGAUAUGAGCAUUUUGCUUGCUACAUCAGGUUCCAGGAAUCAGCUUAUUUUUCCAAAGGAAGAAAUAUCUCCAUCUCCUGCUGGAUCAGUGGCAUCUAAUAAAGCUCACAAUUUUGAAGAACAUAAGCCACCUAGAAGAGGAAGGGCCCCAAAGAAGGAAAGAAAGCCUCCAAAAAGGAAAGAUAAAGGGCAAGGAAAUCAGGAACAAAUUCUGUCAGUCAAUGAGCGUGAGGUCGAGGCCACCUCUGUUAGCGAAAGUACAGGAACUGCAGAACUAAUUCCAAACAGUUUCACAACCCAUAACCCACCUAAGUAUGCCAAUCCUCUCGAAAAAGUAUUAAAAGAGGAAACCGUUGUCAUCCAAGAAAACAUGCAAAAAACUGUCCGUGGAAAUUUGUUUGAGCAGCAAAUUUGUAAUGUGCCUGGGCAAGCUCUUGAGCCACCCUCAGACAUUAAAAAUGAUUCAACUGGAUCAUUUGAAACAUCAUUCUUGUCUGUUAAGAAAAAAAUAGUGAAGCGCAGGAUCCAAAAACCUAACUGUAAUACAUCUCCAGAAGAGAUGUCUGACAACACAGAGCACACUGUAGACAUUAGUCAAGGUGUUGCAAAUGACAUUUUAACUCCACAGCUACCUGGGUGUGAAACAUUUGGCACAGUCUCAUGGGUUGUUAAGGGAGCACAGAGCAAGAUGAAGAAAAGGAAAGCAGUAAAAGAGGAAAUUGUAAAGGUAAAACCAACCCUGGGAGAACCCUGGAAAGCAGUGGAUGUCCUUGCUAUACGUCAGACUGGACCUGUUUCAAAAAUAAAAAGAAAACUUGGUCGGCCUUACAAGAAAAAGACACUUAUGAAAAUGGCAAAACAGUUGGUAUUUAUUGAGGAGCAAAGAUUAAAUGGCACAGAAACAGCUACUCUUAAUCAAAUGGAAAAUCACAGUGGACCUCAGGAAAUUUCUUCCCAUCAAGCACAAGCAUGCAAACAAAUUAAAACAAGUAAAAAGGUCAAACUAACAAGCCCUCCAACUCCAGUUGCCCACUUAAGAAGGUACAGUCGAGCAUGCAAAGUCACCACUGACUACACAGUUGAUAAAAUUAAAGACCGCCUUGAAUAUAACCUUAAUUUGUCUUCUUCAGCAUAUCUUGGUGAUGCCCUUCUGUCUUUUCCUGAGAUGGACAUUAAACAGGAAAUUAUAGAGUCAGUAGAGACUGGGAGAACAUCAGAAACAGUGGUUCAAUUUGCCUCAGCGAACACUGCACCUUCAGAAGCGCAAAGCCUCUCACAAGAACAUUCCAAUAUAAAAACCCUGGAAUUCAGCUCUGUGCUGAAACCCCUAGAAGACACUAAGAUACACGAGAACACCACAGCAUUCAGUACCUUGCUUUCAUUAGACACUGGAAUGACUCCAUCAUAUCAGGAAACUGUUGGACUUAAUGCCGCAGAUCUAGGCACAAAAAAGCCUCGGAAAACCAUAGGCUCCAAAAAGAAGGGCAGGAGGAGGAGAAGGACCUGUUGGGACCAUAGGAGAAAAGCAAAGAGAUUACUCCGCACUACACGGGCCACUUCACUGGGGACAUCCCAAGACGAUGGAAGGUUGGAACCUCCUUUAGAGGUGAAAGUACCAGCUGAGCAAAUGCAUAAUUCAGAUACCAAAUUAUUGGUUCUUGGACAAGGAAUACAUGUAGAAUAUUUAAAUUCUGAUGGAAGUGGGGCACAGUUACAUGAGGUUAAUUCAGAAAAGGUAGAAAGGAAAAUAUCCGUGGGUGAAGACCCAUUAGCUAAUAGUGAAAAUGAUUUUCCUUGUGCUUCUGAGAACCUGAAAGUCACAACUAUGUUGAACUGUAAGAGCCAAGAAUCUAAGGAUCUAGAAGUGGGUAAAGGACGAGAUAUUGCUCAUGUAUACAGCCAAGAUGCUAAGGUUUUACCGAACACCUGCAGUUCAGUGGGAGACCCUCGAACAAUUGAUGAAUUUCUGCCACCAAAGUCUGAAAAAGAAACUGAAGAAGAGACAACUGCAUUACUUUCUCGGGUUGAAUCGGCUGUUCUUUCAAGGGAACAACAGAACACUACAGAAUACCACGUAGAAGAGGGGAAACUAGUAAAGAUAAAGCCCAUUGAGGGUCUGGAAGCAGACCUGCAACCAACUUCAGGCCCUCUUAGCUAUACACAGGAGAGAUGUAAAAAGAGUACGCAUCAGAAUUGGAGUGUUAUAAAGGAACCAAGGGUACUGAGAGACAGAAACCGAGGAAAGAUCAAACAAGGUACUCAUGGGGUCAACUUGACACCUGUGGAAAUGUUCCAAUCCAAUUGUGGAUUCACAAAUACAACUCUGGAAUCCAAAAUGGAGGGAGCUGGCAAGCUGGGAAUUGAAGUCAUUUCGACAGAAUCUGAAUCUUCAGCAUGGAGGAAUGCCCCUGAAGAGGACCUGACUAUAAAAGAUGAGUCUUCUACAUCCUUGUUAAAUCAUUCUUGUAUGGAGGACCCACAGGUGUUUGCUGAAAUGGAAGAACAGUCAGUCUUAAGCAAAGCUGUUCAAAUAGGUAAAUCGGGUAUUGAAAUGAAAGACCGAACCUUGUCUGAGGCAUGCUCCUCACAGUCCUCACUUUCCAAAUCUGUAGUUUCACACGACAUUUUAAUGCCACAACAAAGUGGGAGUGACACAUUUGGAACAGUCACACAGGUUUGCAAGGGAGCACAGAACAACGUGAAGAAAAGGAAAGCAGUAAUAGAGGAAAUUGUGAAGGUAAAACCAACCCCGGGAGAACCCAGGAAAGCAGAUGAUGUCCUUGCCAUUCUUCAGACUGGUGAAGCUGUUACAAAAGUAAAAAGAAAACUUGGUCGGCCUUACAAGAAAAAGACACUUAUGAAAAUGGCAAAACGGGUGGAAUUUAUGGAGAAACCAAGAUUAAAUGAUACAGAAACAGCUGCUCUUCAUCAAUUGGAAAACCACAGUGGACCUCAGGAAAUUUCUUCCCAUCAAGCACAAGCAUGCAAACAAAUUAAAACAAGUAAAAAGGUCAAACUAACAAGCCCUCCAACUCCAGUAGCCCACUUAAGCAGGCAUAGUCGAGCAUGCAAAGUCACCACUGACUACAGAUUGAAUAAAAUGAAAGACCAUCCUGAAUAUAACCUAAAUUUGUCUUCAACAUACCUCAUUGAUGCCUCUUCGUCUUUUCCUAAGAUUGAUGUUAAACAAGAAAUUAUAGGGUCAGUAGAGACUGAGAAGACUUCGAAAACUGUUUUUCAAUUUGCCUCAGCAAACACUGCACCUUCAGAAGUACAAAGCCUCUCACAAGAACAUUCCUAUACAAAAACCCUUGAAUCCAGCACUGUGAUGAAUUCCCAAGAAGACACUAAGGUACAUGAAGAUACCACAACAACAUUCAAUACAAUGGUUUCAUUAGAUGCUGGAAUGACUCCAUCAUUUCAGGAAAUCUUUGAACUUAAUACCACAAACCUAGUCAUAAAAAAGCCUCGGAAGUCCAUAGGCUCCAAAAAGACGGGCAGGAAGAGGAGAAAGACCUGGUGGGAUGAGAGGGGAAAAGCAAAGGCAUUAGUCACUACUGCACCUGGCACUGCACUGGAGCCAUCUCGAGAUGAAGGAGGAUUACAACGUGCUUUUGAGGAGAAAAUGCCAGAUGAGCAAAUGUAUUCAAAUACCAAAUCAUUGAUUCUUGGACAGAGAAUACAUGAAAAUUAUUCGGAUUCUGACACAAGAGGGGAACAGUUAUAUGAAUUUCAUGUAGAAAAGGCAGACAGGGAAGUAUAUGUGGGUGAAGGUCCAGCUAAUGGUGAAAAUGAUGGUCAAUGGGCUUCUGAGGUCCUGGAAGCCACAACUAAGAUGAACUGUAAGAGCCAAGUAUCCAAGGGUCUAGAAGUGGGUAAAGAACAGGACGUUGCUCAUGUAUACAACCAAAAUGCUAUGGUUUUAACAAACUCCUGCAGUUCAGUGGAAGAUACUGGAACAAUUGAUGAAUUUCGAAUUCAAAUGCCUUCGAAAGAAACCGAAGAGACAAAUACAUUAUUUUCUCUGGUUCAACCGGCUGUUCUUUCAAGGGAACAACAGAACACUAUAGAUGACCAAGUAGAAAACGGGAAAGUUGUAAACAUCAAGCCAAUUGAGGGCCUGGAAGCAGACCUGCAACCAACUGCAGGCCCUCUUGACCAUACACAGAGGAGAUUUAAAAGGAGUAAGUGUCAAAAAUGGAGUGUUAUGAAUAAACCAAGGGUACUGAGAGACAGAAACCGAGGAAAGAUCAAACAAGGUACUCAUGGGGCCAACUUGACACCUGUGGAAAUGUCCCAAUCCAAUUGUGAAUUCACAAAUACAACUCUUGAAUCCAAAAUGGAGGGAGCUGGCAUGAUGGAAAUUGAAGUCAAUUCGACAGAAUCUGAAUCUUCAGCAUGGAGGAAUGCCCCUGAAGAGGUACUGACUACAAAAAAUGAGUCUUCUACAUCCUUGUUAAAUCAUUCUGGAAUGGAGCACUUGCAGGUGUUUGCCGAAAUAGAGGAACAGUCAGUCUUAAGCGAAGCUGUUCAAAUAGGUAAAUCGGGUAUUGAAAUGAAAGACCGAACCUUGUCUGAGGCAUGCUCCUCACAGUCCUCACUUUUCGCAUCUGUAGUUUCACAAGACAUUUUAAUGCCACAACAAAGUGGGAGUGACACAUUUGGCACAGUCACACAGGUUUUUAAGGGAGCACAGAACAACAUGAAGAAAAGGAAAGCAGUAAAAAAGGAAAUUGUGAAUGUAAAACCAACCCCGGGAGAACCCAGGAAAGCAGAUGAUGUCCUUGCCAUUCUUCAGACUGGUGAAGCUGUUCCAAAAGUAAAAAGAAAACUUGGUCGGCCUUACAAGAAAAAGACACUUAUGAAAAUGGCUAAACAGGUGUCAUUUAUGGAGGAACAAAGAUUAAGUGGCAUGGAAACAGCUGCUAUCAGUCAACUGGAAAAUCACAGUCUUCCUCUGGAAGUUUCUUCCCAUCAAGCACAAGCAUGCAAGCCAAGAAAAACAAGUAAAAAUGUCAAACUAACAAGCCCUCCAAGUCCAACAGCCCACUUAAGAAGGUACAGUCGAGCAUGCAAAGUCACCACUGACUACAGAUUUGAUAAAACUAAAGGCCACCUUAAAUAUAACCAAAAGUUGUCUUCUUCAACAUGUCUCAGCAAUACCAUUCCGUCUUUUCCAGAGAUGGAUAUUAAACAAGAAAUAAUUGGGCCAGUGGAGACUGUAGAAACCAUUGUUCAGUUUGCCUCAGCAAACACUGCACCUUCAGAAGUGCAAAACCUCUCACAAGACGAUGCCUAUAUAAAAACCCUUGUAUCCAGCACUGUGAUGAAUUCCCAAGAAGACACAAAGGUACAUGAAAAUACCACAACAUUAAAAACUAUGGUUUCAUUAGAUGCUGGAAUGACUCCAUCAUUUCAGGAAGUUGUUGCACUUAAUACCACAGACCUGGUCACAAGAAAGCCUCGGAAAUCCAUUGGCUUCAAAAAGAGGGGCAAGAAGAGGAAAAAGACCUGGUGGGAUGAGAGGGGAAAAGCAAAGGCAUUACUCACUACUGCACCUGGCACUGCACUGGUGACAUCUCGAGAUGAAGGAGGAUUACAACCUGCUUUAGAGGAGAAAAUGCCAGAUGAGCAAAUGUAUUCAGAUACCAAAUCAUUGACUCUAGGACAGAGAAUUCAUGAAAAUUAUUGUUAUCCACCUAAUGGUGAAAAUAAUGUUCAACAGGCUUCUGAGGCCCUGGAAGUCACAACUAAGAUUAACUGUGAGAGCCAAGAAUCCAAGGAUCUGCAAGUGGGUAAAGGACAUGACAUUGCUCAUGUAUACAGCCAGAAUGCUAAGGUUUUAACAAACUCCUGCAGUUCAGCGGAAGAUACUGGAACAAUUGAUGAAUUUCUGCCACAAAUGCCUGAGAAAGGAACCGAAGAGACAACUCCAUUGAUUUUGCAGGUUGAAUCUGCCGCUCUUCCAAGGGAACAACAGAACAUUGUAGAAGACCAAGUAGAAGAUGGGAAACAAGUAAAAGUUAAGCCAAUUGAGGAUCUGGUAGCAGACCCACAACCUACUGUAGACCCUCUUGGACAAAUACAAGGGACACAUAAGAAGAUUAUGCAUCAGAAAUGCAGUGAUAUAACAGAACCAAGGGUACUGAGAGACAGAAAGCAAAGAAGGAUCAAACAAGAUGCUCACAGAGCCAAUUUGGCUCCUGUGGAAAUAUCUCGAACUUUCUGUGGAGUCCCACAUGAAACUCUGGAAUCCACAUCAGAGGGAGAUGGCAAACUGGAAAUUGGAGACAUUUCAACAAAAUCUGAGUCCUCAGCACAGAGGAAAGCCCCAAAAGAGGUACUGAGUACAAAUAAUGAUUCUUCUAAGGCCUUGUUAAAUCAUUCUGGUAUGGUGGACUUGCAGGUGUUUUCUGAAGUGGAGGAACAGUCAGUCUUAAUCAGAGAUGGUCAAAGCGGCAAAUCAGCUAUAGAAAUGAAAGACCCACACUUGUCCAAGGCAUGCUCCUCACAGUUCUCAUUUUCCGAACUUGUAGUUCCAGAGGUCCAACAGAUAAGUGAUGAGGAAAAACAGGUAGAUGGGAAAGGCAAAGAGCUUGAAGAUGCUGAUAAAGGUGAUGGAAACAAUAAUGAGGGAGGUAAUGUAGGUAAGAUGACAGAUGAACCAAAACUAGUUGCUAAUCCCUCAGAAUUACAGGUAUCUGCGUGCCUAACUAAGAAAAGUAAAUUUUCUGCGAAGUGCCAUUUUUGUGGACGCACAUUUCUUCACAUCACAGCCUACAUCAUCCAUCGCCGCAUCCACACUGGUGAGAAGCCUUACAGGUGCCAAGAGUGUGGCAAGACCUUUGCUCAGCUGUCUCACCUGAAUGCCCAUAAAAAGAUCCAUAAGCUAUCUGGACAUCUUCAGUGCCCACUUUGCACCAGCAGGUUCUCUCUCAGAGAUAAACUGCUUUCUCAUUUUCUGACACACACUAAUUACCUAAAUCAAGAGAAUUUGACUGGGGAAUCUGUGAAUAAUAGUGCUGGAAUUAAGGCCAAAAACAUUGGCCGUCUCUCACAGUCAGCUUUUUCUGUGCGAGAUGUAAAACCUUUCAAAUGCUUAAACUGUGGGAAACAAUUUCGCUACAGUGUCACCUUAAAAAAGCACACCUGCAUCCAACCAGAAGAUGCGCCCUUUUCUUGUAAAGUAUGCGAUAAGGCUUUCAAUAAAACCUCUAAACUCAUUGAUCAUGAGAAAAUACACUGGCCAAUUAAGCCAUUUGCCUGUAGCGUGUGUGGGAAAGGGUUUAGUCAGCUUGGAGCACUAAAGACUCACUCACGUACACACACAGGAGAGAAGCCUUUCUCCUGCGCUCGUUGUGGUGAUUCCUUCCUUCUGCUUUUAUCCCUGCGUGCACACCAGGCGUCCAAACAUUGUCUGUCCAAAGGAACGGGCGAAGAUGGAAACAAUGGCUGUAUGGAGGAUUUUCUGGAACGCCAGAGUCUAGAAGUGCAAGAAAACCCUACAGUGCCCUUUAAAUGUCAUGUCUGUGGCAAGAGCUGUGAUAGCCAAUCUGAGUAUAACUUUCACCUGCUAACGCACACUGAUGUUCAGACUUCUGUUUGUGGUGCUUGUGGGCAGCAGUUCAACACAAGCUCCGAUCGCAAUGCCCACCUGAAAAUUUGCUGCAGAUUAAAUGACAAGGAGCCACGAGAUGCAACUCCCUUUAAAGUUUAUGAUGCAUCACAUCUUCAGCAUAAUCAGCCCGUUCUGUCCCCAGAUCAUCCGCAAACACUACGCCUAAACAGUCAACAAUCAAAGUGCACAGAUCCCUCGGUAAACAGCGUGCAGGGUUUGGUUACUCAUCCACAGAACAGCUGCAAAUCUGCAGAGCUGCUGGAAACACAUCAGUCCUCAUCCACUGACUCCAGGCUGGUUAGUACCCCCACUAGUAGGUCCAUUGGGACAUACUGCAAACUCUUUAAAACUCCUCAAAGGAUAAAAGCCUGCAUUCCGACCGCUACCCCUCGUUACAGUUAUACAUGUGGGCGCUGUGGCAAGGCUUUGGGAAACUGGAAUAAGUACUGGCUGCACCAGCGAGUGCACCAGAAAAAACCAGGCGGCUUCUGUUGCCCUCAGUGCAGUAAGCACUUUCGCUUUCACGGACUGUACAGGGAGCACAUGCUAGAGCAUGCAAAGCAGAACCCUUACGCUUGUCCCAUUUGUCCCAUGGCUUUUGCUGACAAAGAACGUUUGAUGGACCACCAGGGAGAGGAACACGGGGCCUGCAAAACCCAUAACUGCCAUACCUGUGGAAAGUGUUUCAUUCAUCUCGGGAACCUGGAACGACACAAUCUCCUACACAGAUGUGCCCGCCGACGCAGGCGCUGUCUUGGCCUCCGCUCGGGUGUUCUUCCACGUCAGCUCACUGCCGACUCGCAUAGCCUUCCAGUACCUGAUAUGGCAGCUGAAGCCAUUUCACUCCACAGGUGUGGGGAGUGCAGCGCCAACUUCACGACUUUGGACUUGCUUGCCGUUCAUCAACUUUGCCAUUCCACUGGGGCCCAGAAUCCUCAUGAAGAUGGAGAAAUUCUGGCAGGUUCACUUGCACCAGAACACCAACCUCGACCUCGAUCCACGCCCUCACCCACACCAUUGCUAUCCUCAUCACCCUUGGUUAUCCCUGUUCAGCAUGAGAGCUUGUAUGCCUAUCCACACCCUGACAACCUCUACGUUUACCCCACCCCGUCUACCUCCUUUCCACCCCCAGUUCUUCCUUCUGUCACCAGUGUGCUGUGCUACCGUAACCCCUCCCAAAUGAACGCAAAUGACUCUGAACUCCCUGCGGUUUUUAACACUUCCGAUUCCAGCAGGUCUCCUGUGUGCAAGAAGCAGGUCCACUCUGACCACAUUUAUGCUGCGCCUGCUCCGGCAAGCCCAACUCAGUCCUCGUCGCGUUCUACUUCCGUCUCAUUCUCAGCACCUCAGCUCCUGAUGCACUCGCCUCCGCCACAUACCAGCGACCCCCUUCAACUGUCCCUAAACAAUUCCUGGGCUCAGGCUUCUCCCAGUGCUGAGAUGGACUGGAUCCAGCUCAAGUGCAAUGGGGAUUCAAGCGGGGACGUCUUCAGGGUCCCUUUGUCCUAUGUCAAACUUAAGAACAAAGAAGAGAUGCAGGAGAGUUUGGAAUGUGCAGAGUGUGGGAUGGAAUUUGGAGCGGUUUCGGAAUUGUACGAACAUUACAUACAACAUGCCAGAGGAGAGGUGUGAGGGAUUGACAAAGGACAAGAAAAUACAAAACGAAAACCUUCAUUUUGUUUAGAAUAGGUUAUUUUGAGCUGUUAAAUUGUGACAGUGUGCCAGUUCUGUGCAGGGGAAGGUAGAUAAUGAACACAAAGAAUACCUCAGUGAAUGUGACUGGUCUUUUGGCAGUAAAUUGGUUAUUCUGUGAUGGGUUUUUUCCACAUCACAGGCUAAUAUAGGUGUAGGUGAGUGUGCAUUUAAGUUAGUAUGGUUAUAGACUUGUGUCUGUCCACUGCAAAGCUUUUGUGUUAGUCUUGCUUUAGCACAUGCUGCUAAAUUCCUUAAAAGGAAACUAAUUCAGUUUUAUUAGUAUAUACUCACUUUCUGACUCUUCUAACAGUAUUUCUAUCAUGGGGGCGGGGGGGGGGGGUACAGACACUACCUUUGGGAGACUUUGAUGUGCAGUCCAUAGGGCACAGUUCUCUCAAUCAAACCAGUGUGAAGUGGGCAGAAAGGUGACUGUCUGCUGUGCUUUAAAAAUUCACCGUUUUCUUACUGAUUGUUCUUCCCAGAAAAUGUUGAAGAAUAUUUUGUUGUGUUUUGGGUAGUCUGGAACACUCCCCCCCCCUCCCCCCCAUCAGUCUCACAUAUGUUUUCCUAUCAGAUUCAUGAAUGUUAUGUACAUAAAAUAUACCUCAGUACAUCUAUAUUAUUUUUUAAAACAUUUUUUUUUUUACAGUUUUUUGUUCAUCUUUAUCAAGGGUGUGAAUAUAUAUGUUUGUGCUUCUUAUAUAAAAAAUGUUUUGCUUGGAUUCCUUUUCAAAAAAACUACAGUAAGUAUAGAAAGUCCCGUUUAGGCUUUCUAAACUUAAUACAACUAAUAUUAGAUGUUUAAAUCUGAUGUCUGUAAAUCUUGUAAGGUGAAGUAUAGGUCAUUGUUAGAACAAAUAUUGCUGUUGAACAAAAGUUUCAUCCAUUGUUCAGCAAAUAUGAAUGCCUUUAUUUCAGGAAAUGCAUGUUCUAAAUGAUACUGCAGCGCAUAUGUAGCUACAUAGUUCAUGUUUGCUAAACGUGACUAGAGAAGCGUACAUUAUAGACAAAAUAGUUCUGGAAUAUAUAACCAAUUGUCACUUUAGUCUUGUUUAUAGAUUACAUUUUUUUUGCAGUUUUGUUCACAUCUGUAGAUGAAUAAAAAAAUUCAGAAUUCAAAAUUCA